AACCUUCCAAAACCUUCCAAAACCUUCCAGAGCCUUCCAAAACCUUCCAAAACCUUCCAAACUUGCUAAAUGCAAUAACCAUCAAACUGCUCCCACCAGCAGCAGUUUAAGAGAAAAACCAGGCGAUCCGACAACAGGGCGUCGAAGAAACGUUGCCGGUUGGGCGAUCGCCGUCCCAUUCACAGUGCUCGCGGUGAUGGUGAUCGGUGCGGACCUCGUUCCUCUGCAUCCCGGUGGCCGCAACCAUUCCCUGGAGGUGUAAUCAGUCGGGAUAUCGGUGGUAAAUCGGAGGCGCUGUUCGGAUGCAUCUUCGGCGGAGCGCCGAAGCUGCGGGGCCCGUUUGAUAACACGCCGAACGAUCGAAUGGUAAUUUGGCGAUUUGGCGGAACUUGGUCGCAUCGACGCCGACGGAAUCAACGCGAUGGUUCGCUUGAAGAAGUACCCGCUGCACGACAGGUAAAAGGCCGGGCAGAUGCCCCCAUUGUGCCCCAUCACCCCGUACAAGGGGCUCUUCUUUCUCGUGGUGGCCUUCGUCCUCCUGGAAUAUCUCAUCAACACCUUCACCAAUUCCAAACCGUCGGUUUACUUCAACACGACCAAAUUACUCAACAAUGUCGACGAUAAGGAAAUUCAUACGUAUGGACCGCUUUUGAAGACUUUAUUGUUCAAAAACAACAAAACCCACCCGCACAAUAAAACGUUACAUUUCGCAACGAAAAACGAUAGUUACUAUAGCUACGCGGUGACGGUACCACCGCCUCAAUUAGGCAGUAAAUUAGGCAAUACUAGUACAUCAGUAACGGUUCCAGUUGCAAUCGAAGCGCAAAACGAUUCGACACCAUUAUGCCCCGACGAUAUAUCCUCAAAUCUAAAAGGCAGAUUACCGAUAGUAAAAUCGCCAGUACCGACCGCCCAGGAACUGGAAACUCGUUUCGACUGGUUGCGACCGGGAGGUCGUUGGAGCCCCGAGAACUGCCGCGCCCCGAAACGCGUCGCCCUGGUGGUACCGUUCCGGUGCAGGGGCGAGCACCUGCUGCUCUUCCUGCAGCACAUGCACCCGUUCCUCAAGCGCCAGCAGCUCGACUAUCGGAUAUUCGUGGUCGAGCAGGACGGCGACGGCACCUUCAACAGGGCGAUGCUGAUGAACGUCGGCUAUAAGGAAGCCUUGGCCGUCGAGAGGUUCGAUUGCUUCAUCUUCCACGACAUCGAUCUGCUGCCGGAGGACGAUCGGAAUCUGUACACGUGCCCCGAACAACCCAGGCACAUGAGCGUCGCCGUCGACAUAUUCAAAUACAAGUUGCCGUAUCCGGAAAUCUUCGGAGGCGUUUCGGCCAUCAGUACCGAGCAUUUCAAGUUGCUCAACGGCUUCUCGAAUUCGUUUUGGGGCUGGGGCGGCGAGGACGACGACAUGUCGAACCGCAUCCGGUACCACCAUUUGCACAUAUCCAGGUACCCGCUCACCAUCGCCCGCUACACGAUGCUCACGCACAAGAAGGACAAGCCGAGCGCCAGUCGAUACGACGUGCUGAAGCAAGGCCAGCAGCGUUUCGACAAAGACGGGCUGAACAAUUUGCGGUACAAACUCGUCCAAAAGAAGUACCAUUUGUUGUACACGUGGAUCCUGGUGGCUGUCGACGCGCCUAGUUGAUGACCGUACUCGGUUUAAGAAGAAGAUGUUCUUUUUUACAAACCUUAAUUGAAGUACUCGGGUGUUCGAAGUACCGCAAACGCGAGGCCGGUAACGUAAAUGAAGCGGUGGAGUUUACGUGUCGAGCAAUCAAGUGGUCGGGGUUAAGCGACUUAAAAAAAAUGGCGGCCGAUUUGCGGUACUUCAAGUAUCCAGUGACUUCAAUCUAAACUAGUGAGAUUUAAUUGUGAUGCGAAUUCGUCGACUUAAACGCCGCUAUAUCUUGCAAAUCCAGCAAAAUGAUAUUAAGAUAAUUUUUUUAUUUUACGUUAAAUAAACGCGAUACCUACUA